AUGCAGGCUCCCCACAGGAAGCUCGACUCGAGUUAUCGAGCGGCUGCUGGACUGACAAGACGUGUUAAUCUUGGUCGGCACCUACUGUCAACCUAUAAUAAGCCGAAAGAGAACGAGCCUGUGGUGAAAACCGAAACAACCAAAACAGUGACACAAGAGCUGAGUCUUUCGAGCGAUGGGGAGGAAUUGAGCGAACUCAGCUCCGCAGAUAUGCCCUCGGAACCUGAAUUUGACUUGCCGGCGACUCGCAAAAUCAAGACCACGGCGCAAUAUGCAGCGUCGCCAGAAUCCAGCCCAUCGCAUCAUGAAGAGAAUCAGUUGAGAGUCACUCAGGAGCCUGCAAUUGACGAUGAGCCCAUUUCCACCGAGGAAGAAGCUAGCGAUCAGGAUUCCGACUUUCAAAGCUCGAAGAAAAGACCAGCACUUGAAUCCUACGAGGAGAAAAAGCGCACAGGGAAGGGUAGAAAUCCGAGGAAAGAGAGCGAUGACGAAUCUCCCAUCUUUUCGUCAUGGUCGUCUCAGAGAUCCAAACGCGCGAAGCCCAAUACUUACGGGUCCGUCAAUAUUCGAGUCCCCAAGUACGUCAAGCGGCCAUCUCUAAGCCCUGAGUCGGGCUCGUCAGGAACGGAAGCCUCGACCUCCAAAAUCGCCCAGAAGCGCACCGACAAACAGUCGGGUAUCUCCUCGAAUGGCGGUAUGUUGGCUUCGAAGAAAGUCAAGUCUCCGUCAUCCGGGCUAGCAGGAUCGUCUCCUGCAUCCAAAAAAUCCACGACCGUUCCUAUCGACACCAAUCCUUACUCCUCUCAUGCCGCCUCCUCUUUCAAGGAGCCUCUUUCCAUUGACUUGGAUGAGGACGAGUCGGGAUUUUCAUCCCUCACUUCUCCGCCAAGCUCUGUAGCUUCCGAGCCCGAUGAGCCACGUCAAGCACUCUGUCCGAUGUGCAAGAAAGAGGUCGAUCCUCAACUGCUUGAGCUGUUCUUGGCUCAACCGAAACAGCGUGUCCGGGAGCAAGAGCGAUUUUGCGCCUCCCACCAGCAGGGCACGGUUGAGAAGGAAUGGGAAGCAAAUGGACUUCCGACUAUCAGCUGGGACAGUUUCGACCAGCGACUUCAAAAGCACUUCCCUUCGCUCGAAAAGUUGCUUGUUCCAGACUGUACAUCAUAUUACCGAAAUAUCUUGGAGGAGGCUUUGAAGACCGGCAAAGCCCAAAAUUUCCGUCUGACCCUUUCGGGGGAUGGCCUUGAGACCAUCUCGUGCGGUUAUUACGGGACAAAGGGCUCCGGCAAGAUGUAA